CUUCAUCGGCUCAGUCUCCCCUGCUCCGGCGAUUCAUUCGUACACGCUUAUCACCCUCUCCUUCUUUCUAUUCAAACCAUUCUCCAGCGUUUCUUUUACGUUUCAUUAAUGGCCGUGGGAAUUUCUCGUUUUGGAGAUGAUCAUCCACGUUUACAAUCCCGAGCGCAUACUUAACGCCAAUUCUUCGUUUAAAAGUGUCAAACAACCCACUAUUGUCAGUAACAAAGCGCCGUUAAAUGCCGUGAAAAAUCAAGACCCAAACGUGAUCCGACCGCCUCCGAGUCCAAAACUUUUGCGCCAAUCAGUUUUUAAAGGGUUCAAUUCGAAAGUGUCUGAGAAUCGUGACCCGCCGCCUCAGCCGCCGCCUGAUCCUCCAUGUGUCCCUGCCAAAAAAUUGAUCAAAUCGCGUGAAGUCAUGGAUUCAGAUGAAGGCGGCCUGCUGCCGCCACCUUGGGCCUCUCGCGGCCUUCCAGCAACACCCUCUCUCACGCAGAUGGCAUGCACUUGUCACUGCAAUAGUGCGGAACCCGUUUCGCUUUCGCCACCGAGCCAGGUCAGUAGUAGUAAUAGUAGUGGUAGAGCGGCCGAACAUCAGCAACAACUGCGGGAGGCUUCGACCGCAUCCAGCCAUUAUUUUACGCCAGUUUCCAGCUUCAGUGCAACUUCGAACGCACAAAACGACGACAGCAAGGAACCCGACUCACUCGAGUACAGACCAGUUAGGGAUUCACCACCGACCCGCAAGACUAGUUUGGAUCGAAUCCUAUCGCCUCAAGUUAGCAGACGGUCGCCACAGUACACGUCCAGUCCGGCGCAGACAGGCGGUUUGUCGCUGCCAUUACGCGACAAAUCGCUUUCUCCCGUAGUUGCCGUACCCUUAACGACCAGCAUGAGCAACGCCAGUAUCCAAAGUGCUCAUUCUGGCUACUCGGAGGACUCGCUGAUGGCCGGCCAACACCAGCAACGGUUCGGCAAUCAUCACAAUUGUCAGCAGUGCAUCGCCAGCGAGUUUGCCGGCGCGACACCUGCCGCCCCGCGUUGGAACAACAUCAACUACGACAGCCAUUCCGGUCAUUGGAUUCCGGAAACCGGAUUGUGCAUGGCUGUAGAGAAACGCCCAAUCGCCGUUCAAUCGUCCGCUGUAGCUCAGUCGACUGCGUUGCUGGAUUUCAGUAAAGACUCGCUCAACUCGUCUGGUGCGUUGGAGAGGAACGUGACUGGGCCACAGCAAGCCGCUCCAUCACGGCAACAGCACGUUGCCGCCGUAGAAGAAGUGGGCGAGGAGGAAGACGGAACGAGCAGCUGCACGGAGACGGUCAAGUUGGAACCGUUGGCGUUCACCAUCGAUUUUGGCGACGUCAUACCUGGCAAGAAGAAAGAAGCGCCUCCGAAACGAUUCGCCGAACGGCUGGCGGCAGCAUCCAGCGGUGGGCUUGGCAAGCGCGCUACGCCGCCCAGCAAAGCGGAAGUUAAGAAGAGUGAAAGUGGCGCCGUAACGGAACCGUCCGAAAACAAGAUGCUCAAGUCCUUGAGUAACCGGCUGGGCAGUCAGCUCACCAGUCCAUUGUCGAAAUUUAACACCAGCCCUGAGAUCGAGACAGUCGAAACUCCAAGACGUUCUCCAGCGGUUACCAAAAGUAUUAAAAGUACGAACCCCAACCGCAAUUCAUCCGUCGGCAGGACGUGCGAAGUUACCAAACCGAACGGAUUGAAGAAGAAACCACAAGAGCUUGUGCGACGCUCUCCUUCACCUACUCCGCCACCGUCUCCGAUGAAGAGCAGCAACCGAACGACUUACCUUAACGGCUCGAACAGGACGGCGUCACAUGCGACGGGCCGCGAGUUGAAGCACCAACAGUCGAUCGAUUCGGACGAGGGCGGAUAUGAUUAUCACCAUCAGGAAGCGAUGAUGGGAGUGACUGGGAGUGGUCGUCAGCCGGAAGCCGUCCGUGACAGUGAAAUAGCGGCGGAGACGGUGGAGGAAGAGGAGGAGGAUCGCUGUGACGAUGCUGCUAGCGAGACGGGCACCUACACAAUCGGAAAGGACAGUCCGUCACCCGACGAGGAUCAAUCGAGACGCGAUAUUGACCGCGUUUUCGGCCUCUUGCCGUCAGUGUCUAUUUCGGCGCAAUCGGAAACGUCGGCGGGCGUCGGCACGGCCGGCCAAAUUGACCCGAUUGAUAACAGCAAUCGCUCGACCCCACAAUGGAUUCGUGAAUGGGCCGCGCAAGUUGCACAGCAACAGGAAGCUCCAUUGUCUCAUCUUGUGAACAUCCCAGCCAUACCGGCUAACCUAGCCAAACCCCCGUCGCAUCCCCGUCCACCUCCGCCAGAACUGCCAACGGCUCAACGACCUCGGCGUCGUCUGCCCAGCGUCCCGCCUGGUGCUAGUAACGGCAGCUCCCGUUCUCGCUCCUCGCCUCGUCCUAGUGACAUGUCCGAUCCGAGUGACAGCAGCUUGGAGACCGAGUCUUUCUUACGUGAUACGGAAUCGGUUGUGUCAGCUAUGCAGGCUCGUGUUGAUGGCCGCAGUAGUACCGAGUCAGAUGCCGAGACUCGUAGCAGCAGCAGCUAUCGACAGUCCGUCCAUUCUUCCGCCGUCCCAGCCGAAUUAGAAAACAGUAUUGGUCGCAAACUGAGCGCACAAUUGCGAGCCAAGAUCCGCAGUCUGGACGAACAGUACCCCGUAACGUCCACAACUGCGACGCCUUUAGCCCCUAUCCGCAAAACGACUUACGUUAUGACGGCCAAUAAUAGCACUAAUAACGCAAUGAACACGUCCACGACUACCAGCACAACAACUAAUAUAAUCCACAACGAAUUACACGGCGAUGAUGCCAAGAGCCUUCAUUCGGAUAGCAGCCUCAGUGAUUUCACUUCAGGAGAGACUAGCUCUCGCUCGCGACACGCUCACGAGGAUAACAAGACACCAAAGAAUGUGCCAGCUGUACGUUACAACCGAGCCCUCAGCUUACGCCGAGGUAGACUCGGAUUGGACGUUGAGCGGAAUUCGUCCGCUUCACUGUCUGGUGCUGGAUCCUCAGUCCCCAAUAAAGACCACCACCGGCGGCCUAACGAUUCACCGUCGCGCGGUUCCAGUCCUCAAGUCCCGGCCGCUUCCACUGCUCCAUUGGUCAGGAAGUUGUCGUCCAUUUCGACAAACAGUCAAAUGUCUGCGACGUCGACCAGCAGUGCAAGAGGUCCUCCGCCGAACGCCAGUUCCAAUUCUUUCUCCCGCAACGAUGGCGGCCGGUUCAGCCUACGUCUUGGUAGCAAAACGGAGAAGACGGGAUCGGCUACCGCUUCAACUUUUAAACCGAAAGUCAAUAAGAGCCAGAGUGGCAAUAUACCACCUCCGCAACCGCAGCAAGUGAUGGCGUCUCCUCCGCAACCCCCUCAUGUAUCUGGCGCACGCAAGAGCCGUAGCAAUUCGACCUUAUCGUCCAAAGAGGCUGAGUUCCAGAACUGGAAGCGCAGGAAGAACUACGAUCCAAUGAAAGCCGCAGCUGAAGGCAAGAAGAAGGAGGCCGCCCGACGGGCUCAAACCACCACGCUGACCAUGAGCCAGAGCAUGAUUGGCACCGUGACAAGCAUGGCCAGCAGCCCGUCAUCGCAAAGUCCCAGCCCACCACCCCGGACCAUUAUCCGUUCCGCAUCAUUCACGUGUGUCAACAACACCAAAGCUCGUUCGAGCGGCAUGGAUGCUGGUGGGCAGCAAUCCAAGUAUAACAAUAACAGCAGAAGGACGCAGCAUCACAAACCGGUAUCGAUGCACAACUCUGCCCUACUAUACAGUUCGGAUGACGAAAACGACAUGCUUUACAGUCCACCAAAGAAGGCUAGCCCCAAACCGAGUCCGAUGACCACACGCAAAUAUAUGGGCCUUAACCUAAUGCAAACCACUUCGCACAAUUCUCCACCCAGUUUGCCAGCCGAUUUUAGUGACUUGGCCAGCGUAAUGAGCAAUGACGUAGAUUUAACCUCCAGUCCUGGCUCUCCGCGAAGAAAGUUAUACUUGGAAGACAGUCUUCUGAUGCGUACUUCGGCCUCCAAUUCAUCGCUACGAGCCCGCACAAAACUCGAAGCGCUGGACAAUCUGGUUAUUUCCACUAUUUAUGGAAUGUCAGCAAAGAUACGCUCAAACGCCGAAAGCCUGAUGAGGAAACUCAGGCCACAAUAUGUUGACGAUUUGGAAAGACUGGGUCUGAUUGACGACGCAUUAAACCGCCUAUCUGAUUGCGCUUCCGAAUCGCCCAUCCACUCGGUCACAGCGGGAAGGUCGAGUUCUAGGGAGUUGUCUGGAACGCUCAAGGUUAUGAAACGCGUUGAGCAGGUCUUUCAAGCGUUGGACCAGGUGUUAUUUGAAGACGUUUUGGAUGGCGGCGGAGAAGAAGGUGCUAUUUUAAACGACGGCACUACAACCGAAGGAGAAGAUUGGAACGGUUACACUAGCGGAGAUUUUUAUUGAUUAUUUGUUUAUACGCUAUUACGAUACCAAGUCUAUUUCUAAUGACGUUUACUUGCUUGAAGCUGAUGUAUACCUUAUUUCGAUUACGACAGGCAUUGCUUUUCCCUGUUUUAACACAACUCCCAUUUUUUGUUUAUUUGGCGUAGGACAAUUUCUAACUUGCUCAUACAUAAAGUUUUUGUUGUGUUUCUCCCUUUUUUCUUUGGUAUGUCCUUUGGAAGAAGCUGCCUGCGCAAAUAAGUCUGUUAUAAUUCGUUAUACAAUGAAACUGGGUGAUAGGCCAUAAAAAUGUUGACACGACGGAUUGUUGGCUCCUUCUUCGUUCAUUCAUUUGUACAGUUUUCUUUUUCCAUUAUUAUUACUUAUUACGUUGGCAAAAUAGUACUCCUUUUUCAAUUUGUAUUUGGUAAACAAAACAAAAAUGUGUUACUGACUAAUGUCUAGAUUGGAUUAUUCAUUAUACGAUUUUAUUUCA